AUGACCUGCAGCUCUAUUCUCAAGAAGGAGAACAAUAACGUUGUUCAUCAAGUCCAUGUUCCCAAGCCGCUAGACCCCAUCCAGUACGUUGCUGGGGAGGCUCUAAGGGACUUGGCAGACCCAGACGUGUCGGUGAUGCUCCUCGACUUGGGUCAACUUGAGCACCAAAUGAGGAGAUGGAAGGACUUGCUACCCCGUGUUACACCAUAUUAUGCAGUGAAGUGCAACCCCGAACCUAUGCUGGUCAAAACACUCUACCGUUUGGGGUGUAAAUUCGACUGUGCUACCAUCAACGAAAUGAGACUAGUCAGAAAUAUUCUUUCUGAUGAUAUCGGGACCACCGAGGGCUUCGACGUUCAUGAGAUGAUGGCAUCGCAUGUUGUUUAUGCUAAUCCCACCAAGCUGCCGUCUCAGCUCGUUGGUGCUCGGGACUUGGGAGUUGAGUACUUGGUGGCUGAUUCUGCCUCCGAGAUAGCCAAGAUCGCCCAUCAUCAUCCUAAGGCUAAGCUGCUCCUACGCCUUGCUUGUGUCGACAACAACGCGCAGUGCCCUAUGAGUGCCAAGUUCGGCGCUUCUCUUGGUGUUACUGUAACGGUGUUAUUGGAGGAAGCGAUGAAACACGGAGUGAACGUUGUUGGGGUAUCGUUCCACGUGGGUUCGGGAUGCUCCGAUGUGCACUCCAUCACCAAGGCUCUGGUUGAUGCUCGUGAAGUCUUCGAUGCCGCUGCAUCACGUUACGGUUUGAGGUUGUCCGUCCUGGACAUUGGAGGAGGCUUCCAAGGCGUGGAUAGAGAAGGAUCUCCGGUAGCCUUCAAGUCGAUGGCCACUGUGGUGAACUCACUCCUCGACACUCUUUUUCCCGACCCGGAUGAUGUGCAGGUCAUUGCUGAGCCUGGAAGGUACUUCGCCUGCAGUCCCUGCAGUUUGGUUACGAAAAUCUACUCGAAAAACGUCGUCGUAUCGGCACCCAAAUUGUCAGAGAUGAAGAGCGCUGCUGACAUUGCUGAAGAGGACACGAUGGACAGCGGUAGCAGCAGCAGCAGUGCUAGUGUUGAUGAACUCGCAGGGAAGAACCUCACGUCGCUGACUAGGCUUUAUCUCAACGACGGUGUUUAUGGCUCUUUCAACUGCAUUUUAUAUGACCAUCAGCAAGUGUGGCCAGAGGCUCUCCAUGAGGAGAGCGGAGUAUGCGGUGAUCCGAAGGUCGCUAACCCGACCCAUGUGCUCUUCGGGCCGACUUGUGACGGCUUUGAUACUAUCAUGAAUGGAGUUACUCAUCUUCCUGAGAUGGAGAUAGGUCAUCAUCUUCUAUGGAGGAAUAUGGGUGCAUACACUACUGCUGCUGCUACUAACUUCAAUGGUUUCGACACUCCUAUGUACUGGUACUACCGAACCACCUUUCAUGACUGCUGACUACUCCCUGCACUGGGGAUUUUACUCUUUUCUAUAUUUCAGAGUAGUUCGAGGAUUUCAAGGCAACA